AUGGCAUCGACCCAGACAUCGACCGUAAAGCAUCUCGCCAGAGAUAUCAAGACCGGCUCUCUCAAAGACCGCGAGAAAGCCGUAGACGACUUGACCCAUCUCCUCAAGAAUAGAGCCGUAAACCUCUCUGCACUAGAAGACAAGGGCUACCAUGACAUCUUCGAAGCCAUCUUCAGUCUCGUCCUCUGCGAGAAGCCCGUCUUUUACGACAAGAAGAAGACUCAGCCAAAGCGCAAUGGCGCCGCCUCACGACUUUCGAAAUGUGCCGCUGCCGUCAGAGUGGCUGCCGCCCGGGGCGUCUCCAGGCUCGGACGGAAGACGUUGCUCGCCCUCAUAGACCACAUCACCCAGGUGCUCCCCGGCCCAAACGAGGACUUUGUGCAGCCGUUGGUCCAGGACUACGUCAAGGCUCUGGCAGAGGUCCUUGCUCGUCCGUCCCACGUCGAGUUCCUUGCGAGGAAAAGCGCUUCAUCAUGGCAAGGCUGUGUCGACUUCCUCCUUGACAUGGCCGAGUAUAGUCUCCCGAGCGAUGCACAGCCCCAUGCGUUGCCCCUAAGCCGCGACUCGCCUGCCGCUGCCUCCACUCCGUGGUCGACAUCAAGGUCAAAUGGUUCCAUCCCAAGCCAGAAGCGUGCCAAUCCGCUCGAGGGAGGGCCGCUUCGGGAUUCUCUCGAAGGAUUGAGCCACCUGGUUCAAGCAGCCAAUGCACCUGUCGCGCGGCGAUCCCAGGAUAUCACGGAUUUGGUCUUGGGGGUGUUGGGAAUGAAGCACCUCAGCCUUGGUUCCACGCAGACAAUUUGUUUUGCCAUUGCGAACAGCACGUUUGCCGCGACUCAGGCCGACGACUUGGCUUUUGCAAACACCCUGGUCAAAAAUCUUUUGCCUCUCAUGAGCUAUUGGUGGCGUGCCGACAAGGUCUCCCAGGACGAGCUCAUCAGAGCGUUGAGGAAUGAGAUUUCUCGAACCGUUAUCCUCACACAUCUGCACGUUGAGCACUUAGCCGUCACCACUUGGGACAUUGGAGUACGGAGCGACGUGGAGGAGCUCAUCGAGCGUUUGUGGCUUGAGUACUCGAAGCGAGGCGAAGCCUUUCGGUUACAGCUCAAUGAUCUCACGUUCAAUGCAUCGGCAUUCCCGGACGAUUCUUUGCGACUCGGGCUUUUCGGGCUACGCCAGUACAAUGCCGAGGGGGAGGGCCACUGGGCCCUGGUCCAGAGUCUGGCGCUAUUGGAGGCCAUUCUGCUUCGACCCGGGAAGAGGCAACCUGGCCCUGGGGAUGACGGCGUCGAGCCUCUUCAAAAGAAGCGACGAUUGCGGGAGAACUCGAGACGUCUGAAACUCAAGCUCAAGUCAAAAGACGUUGGCAUCCAGAGGACGACUCUGCAGCUGGUUCCAUUCCUGGUCGCUGCCAACGCAUUGGCAUUGGAAGAGCUGACCGAGCUGCUCGUCGAGUUGGCUUCCCGUGUCUCGGACAAGAAUGCUGCAACGGUAUCUUGGGCUCUGAUCGCUUGUGCAAGUUGCGUCUCAGUGCCUGGCUUGUGUGAUGGCAUCCUGCCGUAUCACUCGCUUGCGGAAGACAUCAAUAGCUUCGUCACUAUGGCCGAUGUCAACGGGCCUGCAAUCCUCUGCGAUACAUCUCUGUCAUUGAUGUCGUGUCUUUUCCACGAACGAAACAUCCGGUUACCAAGCGUCAGCCAGGCUACGAGCAGCCAUAUCAUCAGAUGGGUCUUUUUGAAGUGGAACCCUAAUGAGUUGGCGUACGCUUCCUUUCAGUCGCUCCAUGUUCGUCCAUCUCAGUUUGUCAAUCUGCUCAGAGCAUGCUGCGGAGCGCCGCCCCUCUCUUGGAGCAGUCGACAUACUGUUUCCGGCUCGACACUCAGCGAGGCCUGGAAGCUGCAACGCGAAAUUGCACGCUUCAGCGAGUACCUUUUGCUGCUUGACCACAGACUGCCUGAUUCCGAGCCUCAUCGGCGUGACCAUUCGCGGGCAACAAUCAAAUCCUCCCCACUGGCAAACCCGGGCAAUUUCUAUUCGUCAAGGAAGCUUACGUUGGAGCUCCUAUUCCCGAAAGUGGAUGAGCUGAUCGACCUGUGCGACUCCUGGACCAAGAAAGCGGGAGAAGGUGGCAGCCAGAUAUCUCUCGAAAGAUUUCAGAGCCUUUUGUCUGCUUGCAUAAUGGGCGCCAUGCUUCUACCUCAGGUGACCGAUUUGAACUCUACCCAGUCAUCUACCGUAGAGGCAAAGUUGGUCGAUAUCGCCAGCAGGAGUUUGGCGAUUGCGCUGGAUUCGGUUGAGCCGAUGGCGUCGACGCACCUGGUCCUACGACUGCUGCGUUCUUGCAUACCUGAUCUCACCACGGAAAACUUGAGCAGGCUUCAUGACGAAAAUCUCGGUCUCCUCGGCCUCGUGACUACAAUUGCGGCCUCGCUGGAGCACAAACAGUUGGGAUUCAGCUCGAGCAAUUCAGACUCCAUGGACGUUGAUGAUGAGUUUGAUUCACAGAACAGCAAGGCCACCAUGACAUCGGCACUUGCGUCCAUACCGAGACAAAACAUUCAAAUGUCUACAAGUCCGCGAGCCUUUUACACCGAGACGAGGAUUCGCCUCGCCCUCCUGCGAAUUCUUUAUAAUGACGCAAGCCAGAUUGGCCUCGUCCCCGACAGGUGGCUUGAAGAGCUGUUAUCGAUGUCCGACGAUGAUCUGCUGUCAUGUCAAUGCUUGCUGGUCGAGGUGACCAAGUCAGAUCUCGCCAUGAGCCCAGAGAAUGCAUUGAACCUAGUUCAAAGACUAGGCGUAAUCAUUAGCGACUCGGAAUAUCAGUGCUGCGAGGUUGCGCUCAGUGCCUGCGUUGAGGUCGUCGAUGGCCUGCAUCAGGUCUGGCUUAGUGACAACCAGGAACUCGCAGACAGGGUAGGCGACCUCUACAACUACUUCAUCAAAGUCUGUCUCUCUUCAAACCUGUUUUCUCCGAGGGCUCAGAUGUCGAUGGCCCGCUUGCUCUUCACCCUUCUCAAUGCCGAUUCGGCGUAUGGCAAGAAUCUCGGACUUGAUUCGUGUCGAACCUCGCUCUUGUACAUUCUCAGCAGCGGCAAGAUGAUGGUCAAGUACUUCAUUGCCGACAGGAUCGCUGGGAUCUUUGAACUCUAUAUUCUCCUCCUGCAUGACGAGGUCUUUGUGGACGUCUUGGAUAAUCUGCCUGCAAACCCCGAUGACACAGCGGGCAUCGCCUUCAGGCUGCUGGUUCUUGCAAAGCUGGCAUGUCGCUGGCCGACUUUGUUGAGGCGGUGCAUAUACCAUAUCUUUGAGACCCCCGGACGAAUUUCUCAGGCGACGGACUACGCAAAAUGGUGCUUGGCGGAUGUUGCCCACCACUUGAAUAUUGAUUCGCCAAAGGAGCUGUUCCAACUCUUCUCACGUCAGCUUCUGUACACUUGGAUGGAGAAUGAUUCCUUGCAAGACAUUCCAUUCUCCAUCUUCGGCUUCGACGAGCUGAGAAGCUUGCUUCGCUCUGCUCAAGCUGAAACGAUUGGGCUGGCUAUAAUGCGAGGGCAGGAAACGGCCAGCGCAGAUCUGACUCGAAUUCUCGGGUCAAGCGACGUGGAGCUCCUGCAACGCAACUUCGCGACCGCACUUUCGUACUGCAUGGUAUAUGGCGAUGCUUUCGGCGACUCGGGCAAGGCCAAAGGAGAGGAUCGGAUCAGGAAAAGGCUAGGGAGCAAGCUAUAUAUGGAAGCGUUCUACAUCAACUUCAUCGAUAUUGUCGCCCUCUUCUUCGACCUUAUUGAUCAGGAAGACUCUCCUGAAAGGGUUUUCCGCAGACAUCAGGACCUUGCGUACGCCGCCGACAAUCUGGAGGCAAUCAAAAGCAUCUCUCACUCGCCAGCCAACUUGCCGCCCAACCAGCAGCCAAUGUUUCGGGCAAAGUAUGUAAUUCACAACCUCUUCAGGCUCUGCCAAGGAACCGAGUUUCAAUUCCACGACCUCUGGACGCCAGCCUUGGUGGCAUCCGUCACCAGAAAGCUUUUCAGCACUGUCCACCCUGCCCUGGGAUCGCUACACGCCUGCUCGGUUCUCCGAAAAGUUCGACUCGUGGUUUGCUUGGCCGGACCCGUGGCACUAGAGUCCUACUGCCUUGAGAUGCUUCUCAACUCGAUUCGCAGCUUCAUUGUCGACUCAGAAUGCGCCGAUGAUGCUUUGGGAUUAAGCCAGUAUCUGCUCGCUGGAGGGUCUCAAUACCUGAGUCACAAUCCAUCCUUCCUAGCCGGCUACGCUCUGUCUACUUUGGCCUCGCUCAGAGUUUUCCUUGAAUCAAGCCAGUCCAGCACGACGCAGGAAAGCCAGUUCAAGGCAACGAUGAGCAAAGCCCAGCGAUUCCAUGAGUGGUUCCGCAAGUAUUUGGCCGAGUAUACGUCGUCCGCGUUUUCCAGUCACGGUCAGGCAAAGUCUUUCAAAUCUGUCACCCACUCCGCAGGGCACAUAAGGUCGUCUGGAAAUGCAGAGAAGGGCACUUCGGAGAGCAAGCUGCUUUUGGACAUCUUGAAAGACGGCGCAUCAGGCAAAGGGCUUUUGAACGAGUCGUCUCGUGAGCUCGCCUUGAGAUUGCUCUGUGGCGACUUCACAGUGCCUACAGUCAUCGCCGAUGACAUUGUCGGGGGCGACGAAGAUGCAACUCUUCUUGCUGGCGCUGUGUGGAGGAGCUGUGAGGCACAGAACCUCAGUCGCAAUUACCUGUCUUGGUCUGGGCGGGUUCUUGGACGGUCCUUUUCGGCCUCGGGGGAGAUUCCCCAAGGCAUUCUCUGCGAGUCGCGGCUCCUACAAUACAAGAAAAUGGCCCCUCCGGGACCCAAUGGAUCUGAGAUGGGUCUGCUGCAUCUCCUCCAGGAUCUCACUUCAGAUCAGGAUUCUGUUGUUGCCGGCCUCUCGGAGGCCGCUCUGAGGAGUGCGGUAUCUCAGGCAGCGCUGCAAGAGGAUGAAUCGCUAGUGACCGCUUGUCAGAGAACCUUGUCUGAAGCCCUGUUCCUUGCCUCGCAGUGGGGAGCGCAUCGCGCACCCCCGUCAGAGGCGGCGGUAGCACCCGCUUCUGAGGAGGUGUCGUGUGUCUGGACAGAAGACAUCGCGUCCAACCAGUGGCUGUCGCAGCUCAGCGUUCACUUGGCAAAGUCUGUGCCUGAUUCCAUUCUUCUUGCCGUGCUGCCCCCUAUCCUGGCGCGAUUGAAAGGCUUCGCCGACAAGGCAUUACCGUUCAUCGUCCAUCUGGUUCUAUUCUUUGAAAUGAAGCAGAAUCAGACCAUGAAGCGCCACUUGUCUGCGGCGGUCAAGGAAUGGCUCAGUUCGCAAGCUCCCAUGGCCAAGGACAACCUGAAGCUGCUGCUCAACACCAUUCUCUACCUGAGAACCCAAGAGUACCCGAGAGAAUCUUCCAUUGAAGAUCGGUCACACUGGCUCGAAGUCGAUUACAGCGCUGCGGCCUCGGCAGCAUCGCGUUGCGGCAUGUACAAGACUGCUCUACUCUUUGCCGAGCUCGUCACCUGUGACAGCACACGAAAGUCUCGGAGGUCGUCUACAUCCAGAGAAGCGGACAUCAACGAGACGCUCCUUGCCAUAUUUGAAAACAUCGACGACCCAGAUACAUACUAUGGUCUCCCCGAGGACGCGAGUCUUGCCAAGGUCCUCGCUCGCGUUGAGUACGAAAAGGAAGGCUCCAAGAGCCUUGCAUUCAGGGGCGCGCAGUAUGACAGCCACAUUCGUCUCCGAGAUCCGGAAGCGGACUCGGAUGCUCAAGCCCUCGUGGGGGCACUGGGCACCCUGGGUCUGUCAGGACUGUCCCACUCGGUGCUCCAAACACAGCAAGAUCUCGGAUCCUCCAACGCAGCACUGGAAAGCACUUUCCGAACUGCGAGGAGGCUCGAGAUAUGGAACUUGCCUGCGCCAUCGUCUACGGAGCAUCACGCUGUUGCCGUGUACAGGGCCUAUCAAAGCAUGCAUCAAGCCACAGACCUCUCGGCAGUUCGGUCAGCAGUGUAUGAUGGCUUCAGUCGCAUCAUGCAAAGCUUGACGGGUGACAGCGCCAACGCUACAGUGCUAAGAAGCCGGCUGGCCGCACUGGCGGCUCUGGCCGAGCUCGACGAUCUCCUGAAUGUCACCGACACUGCCGAAAUGAACAAGGUUUUGCAAAGCUUUCGAGAUCGCAGCCAAUGGAUGAGAAGUGGCAUGUACGACGACGUAAGCCAGAUCUUGUCCUGUCGAGAGACGACAACCAGCAUGUUGAGUCAACACGCCUCGAUACUCAGCAACGCCAAUCUCCCCGUGUCUUCACUGAGGCGUGUGCAAGUCGAGGCGAUGCUCAUGGCAUCUGGUAUAUACCGUUACCACCAGGCGACGCAGGAGUCUCUCAACAUCUCGACGGCGCUCAAUAAGCUGAUACCUCUCUGCAAGGACCUGAGCCUGCAUGUAGAUGCAGCAGUCAAGAUCGAGAUCGCCAACUCACUGUGGGAUCAUGGAGAGAUGAGCACCAGCAUCCGAUUGCUCCAGGGGAUUGACAAGGAUUCUUCCCUUGGGAAGCAGACGAUCCCCGUCAGCCGGUCCGAGUUGCUCUCCAAAAUUGGCCACAAGGUCUCGAUCGCGCGCCUGGAAAAGCCGCGAGACAUUCAAAAGUCGUACCUUGAGCCGGCACUCAAAGAGCUCAAGCGUGACAAUACCCUUGCCAAGGAGACGGGCGCCGUCUAUCACCAGUUUGCGACCUUUUGCGACGAGCAGCUGCAAGACGCAGACGGCCUUGAGGAUCUGAAGAGACUGCAGAACUUGAGGAAAGGCAAGAGCGACGAGGUAGCUGAUCUCAAGGCGCUCAUAUCGUCGACACGAGACUCGCAGCUCAAGAAUCGAUAUCAGCAGGGCCUUGCCAAGGAGAAGCAAUGGCUGGAUCUGGACGAGCAGGAGCUGCGGCGCGUCGAGCAGACGCGGGGCGAGUUUGUGCGGCUCAGCUUGGAGAACUAUCUGCUGUCCCUGGCGACUUCUGACGAGUACAACAACGACGCACUGCGGUUCACGGCGCUAUGGCUGGAGCGGUCGACGGAGGAUGCCACCAGCAAGGCUGUGGCACGCCAUCUCGAGCUGGUGCCGACGGGGAAGUUUGCCAGCCUCAUGAACCAGCUGACGUCCCGGCUCCAGAAUCAAGAAUCAGUUUUCCAGAAGCUGCUCUCCGACCUCGUCGUCAACAUAUGCGUCGACCAUCCCUACCACGGCAUGUACCAGAUCUGGUCGGGGACAAAGGCCAAGGCUCAGCAAAAGGACGAGGUGGCUGUGCUGCGCGUGAGGGCGACGGAAAAGGUUGCCCAGCGGCUCUACAGCACCAAGUCUGUGGCCAACAUCUGGUUGUCCAUCGAUAAGACGAGCAAGUACUACCACGGGCUGGCCAUUGACAGGAACCCGAGCAAGUACAAGUCGGGCGCCAAGGUUGCCCUGAAAGACUCGGCAGCCGGGCAGCAUCUGGUGAACUGCCUGGCCAAAUACCGGGUCCCGCCGCCGACGAUGCACAUCGGCGUGUCUGCCACCAAGGACUAUUCCAGCGUGCCGCACAUCUUAAAGCUGGAACCGACAAUGACGAUUGCAUCUGGGCUGGUCAAGGGCGGUCACGACGACCUCCGCCAGGACGCAAUCAUGGAGCAAGUCUUUGCCGCAGCAUCGUCGCUCUUGAAGCUGCACAGAAGCACUCAGCAGAGGAACUUGGGAAUCCGGACGUACAAGGUCUUGCCGCUCACCGCGUCCUCGGGCUUGAUCGAGUUUGUCCCCAACACCAUUCCCCUGCACGAAUUCCUCAUGCCGGCGCAUGAGAGAUACUACCCUCGGGAUCUGAAGGGGUCCCAGUGUAGGAAGGAGAUAUACACGGUCCAGAACAAGUCUACCGAGGCCCGCAUCAACACGUAUCGCAAAGUGACGGAGAGGUUUCGCCCGGUGAUGAGGUACUUUUUCAUGGAGAACUUUAUGGACCCGGACGAGUGGUUCACAAAGCGCUUGGCCUACACGAGAAGCACGGCGGCGAUAUCGAUGCUAGGCCACGUCCUCGGAGUAGGCGACCGGCACGGCCACAACAUCCUGUUGGACACCAAGACGGGCGAGGCGGUGCACAUUGACCUGGGCGUGGCAUUCGAGGCGGGGAGGAUUCUCCCGGUACCGGAGCUUGUGCCCUUUCGACUGACCCGAGACAUUGUUGACGGCAUGGGCAUUACGAAGACGGAGGGCGUGUUCCGGCGCUGCUGCGAGUUCACCCUGGAUGCCCUUCGAGAGGAGCAGUACUCCAUCAUGACCAUCCUGGACGUGCUGCGCUACGAUCCGCUGUACACGUGGUCCAUCUCGCCGCUCAGGCUGGCCAAGCUGCAGAAGGCGAGGCAGGAGGGCGACACUGGGGCGGAAGACGCAGAGCAGGGCGAGGCAGAGACCAAGAGGGGCAAAAAGGGGGCAGGGCACUUCAACGAGCCGUCGGAGGCGGAGCGGGCGCUCGAGGUGGUGCGGAAGAAGCUCUCCAAGGCGCUCAGCGUGACGGCGACGGUCAACGAUCUGAUCAACCAAGCCACCGACGAGCGUAACCUGGCGGUUCUUUACUCUGGCUGGGCGGCAGCCCCGCCCUCACAGCGACCAGAGCUGGCGCCACCCUCGGCACUGGCCUCGGAACGCCUCCAUCGCCGCCCCAUGCAAUCCGCGCCCGCCAAUUCCUCCUCCCGCCGCCGGCCGCGCCUCUCGUCGUCUGCUUCGUCGUCCUCGUCGCCUGCCGCGUCCCCCGUCGUCGCGUCCAAACGCCCCCGCUUCGCCGACACGCCCGCCAUGCGUCCGUCGGCCUUCCAGCCCUACAGCGGCGCCAAGAGGCUCGUCAUCAAGAACCUGCGGGCCCUUAGCAACCGGGACGCCGAGGUCGAGGAGUACUAUGCCCGCACCGAAAGGGAGCUCGACAGCGCCCUCGCCGCCGUCUUCGCCGACGGCCGCCCAGCCGUGCCCCUCGAGAGGCUAUACCGCGGCGUCGAGGACCGUUCGGGGGGCAGCUCGAGCGUCGAUGUCUUGAGGAGUGUUCUGGGGGAGUGGAAGACCUGGAGCGCCCAGGCGGUGACCAUUCGCUCGACCUUUAGCUACCUGGACCGAACGUAUCUACUCCGCGAAUCUCUCCCGUCCAUCAACGACAUGACCAUAACCCACUUCCGGAGAAUGGCCUUUCUCCAGCAAGACGCAGCCUUGAGUAAUACGCCGGGAGCCCAGGCUGUUGCCGGCAUCUGCGAGAUGGUUGAAUACGACCGCCGAGGCGAUCCGCGGCUGGACUCGCAUCUCCUCAAGGACUCUGUUCGCAUGCUCUACGUCUUGGGAGUGUACGUCAAGCACUUUGAGCCACGGCUGCUGCAAGAAUCGGCAGCAUACUUUAAUGACUUUGGCGAGUCUUGGAGCGCCUCGAGCCUCAAGGAGUAUAUUUCGGCCUGCGAGACUCUGUUGCAGAGGGAGGACUACCGUUGCAUCGCGUACAAUCUCGAGAGCACCACAGAGAAACAGCUAAUGGACUCGGCGCAUGCCAUUCUGAUCGAACACUACUCGGACAAACUGUUGCACGGAGGAAGCUUGUCGCAUCUCUUGUCAGAGAAGGACGUCAAGUCGAUGAAGGGGCUAUACGACCUGCUACGGCUAUCGGGCAUACAAAAGAAGAUGAAGGCGCCGUGGGGAGACUACAUCCGGACCACUGGCGCUUCCAUCGUCUCGGACAAGGACCGGGGCGAUGAAAUGGUCCUUCGGCUCUUGGAUUUGCGGCGAUCAUUAGACCUCAUGAUCCGCGACGCCUUUGACAAGGACGAGGACUUUUUGUGGGGGAUGCGGGAAGCUUUCGGCAAGUUCAUGAACGACCGCUCAACAGCCGCCUGCUGGGACACGGGGACGUCCAAGAUCGGAGAAAUGACGGCCAAGUACAUCGACAUGCUCUUGAGGGGCGGCCUGAAAGCCCUGCCCAAGGAUCUCCUGUCCGACGUCCAGGACAGGGCAGCGGCCGAGAAGCAGGGCCAGGCAAGCAGCGCCGAUGAGGACGCGGAACUAGACCGUCAGCUGGACCAAGCCCUGGAGCUGUUCCGAUUCAUCGAGGGCAAGGAUGCGUUUGAGGCGUUUUACAAAAAAGAUCUCGCCCGGCGGCUGCUCAUGGGUCGCAGCGCAAGUCAAGACGCGGAGCGCAACAUGCUGACCAAGCUCCGAGGCGAGUGCGGCUCCAACUUUACGCACAACUUGGAGCAAAUGUUCAAGGAUCAGGAGCUGGCCAAAGACGAGAUGGAAUCGUACAAGCAGUGGAGCAGUGCCAACUUGGAGCGGAAGCCAGCCCUGGACCUGCACGUCAUGAUUCUGUCCGCCGCCGCGUGGCCGACGUAUCCAGACGUGCGGCUGAGCCUGCCGGACGAGGUCGCCGGCCAGAUUGAGCGCUUCGAUGGGCACUACAGGACCAAGCACACGGGGCGGGUGCUGACGUGGAAACACUCGCUGGCGCAUUGCUCCAUCAAGGCGGCGUUUCCCAGGGGAGCAAAGGAGCUCCUCGUCUCCGCGUUUCAGGCCGUCGUCCUCAUGGUGUUCAACAGUGUCCCCGACGACGGGUUUCUCACCUACGACCAGAUAUCCACAGCAACAGGCCUCCAGGGGGGCGAGCUGGAGCGGACACUGCAAUCGCUGGCCUGUGGCAAGGCCCGGGUCCUGUCCAAGCAUCCCAAGGGGCGCGAGGUGAAGCCGACAGAUACGUUCACAUUCAACAAGGGCUUCGCAGAUGCCAAGUACCGAGUUAAGAUCAACCAGAUCCAGCUCAAGGAGACAAGGGAAGAGAACAAGGCGACGCACGAGAGGAUCGUGCAGGACCGACGGUUCGAGACGCAGGCCGCAAUCGUGCGCAUCAUGAAGAGUCGCAAGCACAUGGGGCACGCAGAGCUUGUAGCCGAGGUGAUCAAUCUGACGAAGAAGAGGGGUAGCGUCGAGCCGGUUGCAAUCAAGAAGGAGAUUGAGAGUCUCAUUGAGAAGGACUACCUGGAGCGGGAAGACAACGGGUACACGUAUCUGGCAUGA